UUUAAAUUUAUUUUCUGCAAUUUGUUUAUGUUUUCAGUUUGUUUAUUGUAAGUUUUUAAAGGUUUCCCCUCUUUAUUUUAAAAUUUUUAGACGGCUUUUUGGAGAACAAAUUCCUUCAUUUUCUCGUUCCCUUUGCACCAAACUUUUUCCAAAGCCUAUUUACACACAUCGGUCGGGGAGACAAGUAAAAGCUAGAAUGAAAAAAUUAGAAGAAAAAAUGGCAGAAUUGGGGGACAACUUCAAAUCUAAACACGAACUUAAAACACCCAAAGGAACUCAAGAUUUUGGACCAGAACAAAUGGCUGUGAGAGAAAAGGUUAUUGGAAUAAUUACUGAGACUUUUAAACGUCACGGGGCUGUAACGAUCGAUACUCCAGUUUUUGAAUUGAGAAAAGUGUUGAUGGGAAAAUAUGGAGAAGAAGGGUCUAAAUUGGUGUAUAAUUUGGAUGAUCAAGAUGGGGAGCUGUGUUCGAUGCGUUAUGAUUUGACGGUUCCUUUUGCUCGUUAUUUGGCUGCCAACAAAAUUGAAAAAAUCAAACGCUUUCAAAUUGCGAAGGUGUACAGAAGGGAUCAACCUGUUAUGACUAAAGGAAGAUUUCGUGAAUUCUAUCAAUGCGAUUUUGAUAUUGCCGGACCUGGAGAAUUAAUGAUGCAAGAAGCUGAGUGUUUAAAAAUUGCUGAUGAAGUGAUUUCUAAAUUGGAGCUUGGAGAAUUUGAAAUUAGGAUAAACCACAGGCUUUUAUUAGAAGCAAUAUUCGAAGCUAGUUCAAUUCCCUCAAAUUUAUUCAAAACAGUUUCUUCGUCAAUUGAUAAACUUGAUAAAAUUGCUUGGGCUGAUGUCAGAGAAGAAUUAAUUAAUGAAAAAGGAUUGAGUGAACUAAUGGCCGAUUCUAUUGGAAAAUUUGUUUGUAUUGGAGAGGAGCACCCAGAUUGGGACAAUUCAUCCCUUUUUGACUGGUUUUGUAGCGAUAAUUUGUCAACUUCCGAAGAAGUCCAAAAAUCAAUUAUUAAAGCAAUUGAUGAGCUUAAAUUGUUAUUUAAUUAUGCAAUAUUGUUUGGAUGUAAAGACUCUAGAAUAGUUUUUAGCCCUUCUUUGGCACGUGGAUUGGAUUAUUAUACGGGCAUAAUUUAUGAAGUUGUGAUGAAGGAUUUAUCUUUCAAUAAUACGCAACAAAAAAAUAAUGAUGAAUCAACAACCAAUAAUUUAUCAAAAAAUGUUGAUGACAACAAAAAACAAAAAAAGAAGAAUAAAAAUUCUUCCAAAAAAGACGAAGAACAAGAAAAAGAAGAAAGUAGUGGAAAUAUAGGUUCAGUAGCUGCUGGUGGACGUUAUGACAAACUUGUUGGAAUGUUUUUAAAUUUGGGAGAAAAAAGUGGAAAGAAAAUUAGAGAUGUCCCCUGUGUUGGAAUUUCUUUUGGAAUUGAGAGGCUUUUUGCUAUAAUGGAGAUGAAAAUGAAAAAUGAAAAGGCUUGUGCAGUACGUACUUCACCUACCCAAGUAUAUGUUGCUUCAGUUAAAUCUGGUGGAAAUAAUCAAAAAGAUGGGGAGAAAAUUAAUAAACCAAAUAUUCUUUUUGAAAGAAUGAAAAUUUGUGCAAAACUUUGGGCUGCUGGAAUAAGGGCUGAAACUAGUUAUAAAGGCAAUCCAAAAUUACUCGAACAAAUCCAAUUUUGUGAAAAUGAAAGUUCACAAAUUCCAUGGCUUUUAAUUGUUGGUGAAGAUGAAUUGGCAUCAAAUAGUGUUAAAUUACGUUGUGUGGCUACAAGGGAAGAAACGCUUAUUAGUCUCGAUAAUCUUGUUUAUGUUUUGAAUGAAAAAUUGUCUAUGCAGCAGAAAUGAAGUAAAAAAAUUAAAGCGCUUUUAUGAAAAUUUUUUUGUUUUUUGUUUUUGUUGUUGAUGAGAACCUUUUUUCCUCCCACAUUUUUGGAGAUCUGCUUUAUUUUAUACCCAAUAUACUAUUGAAUAUUGAGAGGUUAAAUAUUCUAUUUGAAUUAUUUUUUUUAUUAAAUUAUAUAUUGUU